AUGUCUACAUCCAACAAAUCUUCAGGUGGCUCCACCAAUCCACCAGCCAUGCCGGAUAAAGCCGCGUCUUCCACCCCCACCCCCCACCUGGUGGAUAACGUCGGCCAGAUCGAUAUUUCUAACUACGACGAGUUGGUAGAAGGCUCGGCGAGGAUCUUGUUUCCCAAAAAUCAGGUCUUCUACAACCCAGUCCAGCAGUACAAUCGGGAUUUGAGCUGCCUCGCAAUUAAAGCAUUUACCGAGAUGUAUCAGGAAGAAGCACUUGCCAAACGGCGGAAAAAACGCAAUAAGCAGCCCACAAGCGAUGGCAAGAACACGGAAGAUGUCGUGGUGACCGAUAAGGCCGACGAGGAGUGGGCAAAGCUGCCGUUUGCCGAAAUUAUGGAGGCAUUGUCGGCUUCUGGCCUCAGAGCUAUAAGAUACACGAAGGAAAUCCCAUUAGUGAAGCACGUGAUCGCCAACGACUUGAGCCCUGCAGCCGUGGAGUCCAUUAAGGUCAACGUGAAGCACAAUGGGCUCGAAUCUAGAGUCACGGCAAACCAUGCAGACGCAAUAAGGUACAUGGCACAGCAAACAUGCCAGUAUCACGUGAUCGACCUCGAUCCGUACGGUUCUGCGGCCCCAUUCAUGGAUUCUGCCAUGCAGGCCAUCAGGGAUGGUGGAAUGAUGCUUGUCACGUGCACGGAUCUCGGGGUUUUGGCCGGAAACGGGUAUCCCGAGAAGUGUUUUGCCUUGUAUGGAGGAUCCAACACUGGAGGAGACUCGACACACGAGGGAGCCCUCAGAUUGGCAUUGCACAUGAUUUCCACCACUGCUGCCAAGUACGGCAAGUCGAUCGAGCCGCUUUUGUGCUUGUCGAUCGAUUUCUACAUCAGGAUGUUCAUCAGAGUCCACAAUUCCCCGAUUCAGGUGAAAAAACUCGCCUCAUCCACAAUGCUCACAUUUAAAUGCUCACAGUGCCACUCGGUGUCACUGCAGCCGCUGGGCCGCGUCAGCUUGAACAAAAGAGGAAAUCGAAGAUUCGGAUUGGCCGUGGGACCCGUGGUUGGUCCACAUUGUGCAUUUUGCGGCUCGGUGAACCACAUAGGGGGUCCAAUGUGGGGUGGACCGUUGCACAACGGUGCAUUUAUCGAGCGGAUAUUGGAUCUACAGAAAAAGGCGGACCCGGAAAUCUACAAAACGUUGCCAAGAAUCAAGGGGAUGCUCACCAUGGCAAGCCGCGAGGUCUUGGCACCUUUCUACUUUAAGACAAAUACCGUUGCAUCAGUCCUCAAGAUUCCUGCACCUUCCAUCGACACGUACACGUCAGCACUUGCCAAUUUGGGCUAUUCGGCAUCUCUCACGCAUGCCUCCGCAAAUUCAAUCAAGACCGAUGCUCCCUGGGAGGUUAUAUGGUUUAUUGGCAAGAAACUUGCCCAACACUGCCAGAAGGACGUUUCAAAGCUCGGCCAAACAACUCCGGGCUUCAAAAUUCUGACAAACGACAUUAUUGGACAGGAAAUCGACCUCGCUGCACUCAAGACCGAGGACGGACACCCGGAAAUGGACGAUUUUGAUUGGCUGGUACAUGCCAACGACCUAAGCAAGGAGUUGGCCAAGUUCCGCAAAAUCAAAAUUCUUCGUUUCCAGGAAAACCCAACCAAGUACUGGGGUCCGAAAUCCAGACCCAAAUGA